AGAAGAACUCUUGCUUGAACCCCUCAGUGAAAAGAAUGGCAAGAAGAAAUGUGCUCAUUACAGGCUGCUCCUCAGGGAUUGGACUGGCAUUAGCUGUAAAAAUGGCAAAAGAUGAACAGAAGAGAUUUAAAGUUUAUGCCACAAUGCGGAAUCUGGCCAAGAAAGAGCCACUGGAGGAAGCUGCGGGUCGCAGGCUGGGCAAAACCCUGGAAAUUAAACAACUCGACGUCUGUGAUGAACAGUCCAUUAAAGCUUGUGUGAACAGUAUCCCUGACAGAAGGAUUGAUGUCCUAGGCAACAAUGCUGGAAUGGGGCUCAUUGGACCUAUCGAAUGUCAGACCAUCGAUGAAAUGAAAACUGUGAUGGACACCAACUUCUUCGGACUGGUUCGACUCCUGAAGGAGAUUCUGCCUGACAUGAAGAGGAGAAAGAGUGGGCAUAUAGUUAUAAUCAGCAGUGUUAUGGGAAUACAAGGUAUUUUAUUUAAUGAUGUUUAUGCUGCAUCCAAGUUUGCUGUGGAAGGUUUCUGUGAAAGUUUAGCUAUUCAAGCACUCAAGUUCAAACUGCAGUUAAGUUUGAUUGAACCAGGCCCAGUGGUUACAGAGUUUGAAAGAAAAGUGUUUGAAGAUGGAAUGAAAAUGGAUCUUUCAGCUGCAGAUGCAGAAACAGCAGAGAUGUUUACUAAUAUUUACCUUAAAAAUUACAAGCAGAUUUUCCAGAGCCUGGGACAAAGUGCUGAAGAUGUUGCAGAGCAUACAGUAAAGGUAAUUCUUGCAGAAAAUCCACCUUUUCGCCACCAGACCAACACCUUGUAUACUCCAAUGACAACUCUGAAGUAUGCAGAUCCAAAUGGAGAUCUACCCAUUGAUAUAUUCUACAAAAUGGUUUUUCAGCAUGACAAAAUCUUCAGUGCAAGUCUUAACUUCAUCAAAUUGCUACGGUGGAGAAGUAGAAAGAGCUUUGACCUGGGAAAACCCUCACAAUAAGUAUGAGAUUAUAUAGUGCAAAUUGGGGUUACUUGUGGCUGCUGAUGACUCAGUAUGUUGUUAUUCAAAUGGCUUUGCUCUGUAAUUGUGAAAAGGCAUUCAAGAUGUUUAUUUGACCUUAGCCAAGAUAUUCAGCUGAACGUGUAUAUCUUCAACGUUACAGUUUGCAGAAUCUUGCAAUUAAAAUCCUCUAACUAUAGUUUUCUUCAUUUUAGUGUUUGCUUUUUUUACAGAUCUGUUUUCGUGGGAAUGUGGACAUUGACUGACAUUUGUGUAUUCAGUGUUAGGCUGAUCCCUUCACUUAGUGGAAUAUAAACAUAGUGAGAUGUGUACAGUAGGUAAACUAUUUAGAUUCUUAAUAUCAUAAAAAUAUUGGAUCUUUUCACUUAUUAGGAUAGAAUCAGUGAUCCUUCAAUCACAGCUGCAUUGUUGUUUUCAGAAGUCAGAUCUAUUUAUCAGCAACAUGAGAAAGUCUCAUCAAUCUUAAAAUGUCACAAGUGGAAUAUUUAUUAUUCAUAUAUAUUUAUUAUAAUAUUCUGAAUGCUUCCUUUAUGGGCAAU